AUGGCAGACCAACUCCUUACUUCGCUCCUUUACCAAGUGCCCAACAAUCUUAGUUCGAACUGCGAUGCGUACAAUGGGUCAAUUGCCUGCACCCAAUUGUAUCUCAACGCUCUUGCAGAGGCUGAAUGUGUCAACCAUAACAUUUACGCUACAGGCUUCGACGUCGACCAAAUAUGGAUGCAAAGCCAAGUUCUUUUGGGGAAAAUACGGGAUUCUACUUAUUCACCUCAUAUCCUCCGAGCUGGUACCAAACGCAAACUACGAAACAAGCGCAUGAGACGUGGUACAGCAAUUCAGACAGAAGAGUCUCCGAGCUCAACUCAUCAUGAAGUUAUUGAUCAGGACCCCCUUGAGAGCGAGGGCUCCUCUUCCGAUUCUGAUACCGCUGAGACUAGGGUGGACUACGGACAACUAAAAAAUGACCAUGUACCUACAUAUAACGAAACCCGGUCGCGCCAGGAAGGAAACGAACUCGACGACGGAUUUUUCUCGAUUGAUGCUUUUAAUCUCGAAACAGAAAGAUUUGAGCAAGCAGAUGAGCUCGGAAGAUCAUUCGGUGGACUCGAUACGACGAUUGAUUGGAGUAUAGACCCGGACGAUGGUGAUCUGGGCUCUGAUUCCCCGGAGGAUACAGACCACACCCUCAUGUAUACCGAUUUUUUUCUUCCCCCGGGACAUCCCGGGAGUCGUGUUGGGCUGAAUAGUAGGAAUACGAGUGCAAAACGAUCGGUCAGCGAAGAAGCUAUUUCUCUCGAAGCUAUUGGCGGCUUGAUGAACGAAAUCGAACGAGAUCUAUUUGACGACAUAUCACCCGAUCAACAAAUACAAGUGCCUGGGGACUCUGAAAUUAUGGAUUCUUCUUCACACAGGAGCGCACAAGCUCGACUUAGCGAUAGUAUACGACAAUUGGAGAAGCAAAACAUCAACCGACGGGAAUGGAUGUUAUCUGGCGAAACGAAUUCAAAACAGAGGCCCUUUAACUCUCUCUUGCAGGAAGAUUUGGAUUUUGAAAGGAUUGGAAAGCCAGUUCCUGUUGUCACGCAGGAAUCGACGAUGACACUGGAGGAGUUGAUCAAAGGAAGAAUCAUCACAGAGCGUUUCGAUGAAAUAAUACGUAGGAAUCUAGAGCACCACGAGAAAUCUCGCCGCUCUAUCGUGGAACUCGAAGACUCAAAAUCGAAAGUCGGGUUGGCGGAAGUAUACGAGCAGGAACACCUCGAAACCAUGACGCCGGCCCGAUCGAAAAGCGUGGACGUGAAAUCAAAUGCCCUCAGAUCCGAAAUAGAUAGCCUUUUCUCCACGGUGAGCAACCAGUUGGAUCUGUUGAGUUCCUGGCAUUUCACGCCGAAAGCACCACAAUCAACGCUUUCAGUUGUCCAAGACGUUCGAACGCUUAAUAUGGAAGAAAUGCAGGUGAAUGCAAACUAUAUCUCCGAACCCACAUCGACAGCGUUGGCGCCGCAAGAGAUUUACAACCCCUCAUCUAAGGAGAGCCAGACCGACAGCGUGAUCAAAGUUUCUGGUAUCCCUAUGUCUCUCUCCGAGGUGGAUAGAAGUCGGAGAACAAAAGUCAAGAGUAGGAGGAACCGAGAAUUGUCUAAUUCAUCAAGAGGUCGAAGCCGCAUUGAUGAAAACGCGGGGCUUUUGAAAACACUCCGAAAAGCAGAUGUUGCUAUCAUAGAUCGAGAGGGUCUAGAGCUAAGAUCCUAUCUUGCGGCUCUUGGCUUGGGCGAGCGACAAAAACUAAUCCCACUACACAUCCUGAAAACCCGAAGCGACAACCACAAAGCUUUAUUCACCAAACUUCACUCUAUCAAAGCAUCCACUGCCAACAUCUUCAAAAUGGGAAAGGGCAAGCCAAGAGGUCUAAAUUCUGCUCGCAAGCUACGAAACCACCGUCGAGACAACCGAUGGGCGGAUUUGGGAUUUAAAAAGCGCCUUCUAGGAACUGCCUUCAAAUCGUCGCCCUUUGGUGGCUCGUCGCAUGCUAAGGGAAUCGUCCUCGAAAAAGUUGGUGUUGAGGCCAAGCAACCAAAUUCUGCCAUCCGUAAAUGUGUCAGGGUCCAACUUAUCAAAAACGGCAAGAAAGUCACAGCAUUUGUUCCCAAUGACGGUUGCUUGAACUUCGUAGAUGAGAAUGACGAGGUUCUUUUGGCGGGGUUUGGUAGGAAAGGUAAAGCUAAGGGUGAUAUUCCCGGUGUUCGGUUCAAGGUCGUGAAGGUCUCUGGAGUCGGUCUUUCUGCAUUGUGGAAAGAAAAGAAAGAGAAGCCAAGAAGUUGA